AUGACUGCCACCACGUCCUUCUACGAAUCGGCAUACGACCCACAGGCCGUGCUGGACUCGAACGAGUUCAAGGUCCUGGGCCCCGACGACCCGGUCCUGGGUGACAAGACGGCCAAUAUCGCGUGCGCGUAUAAUCCCGCGCAUGAGGUAAAUAUGGUUCGCAAGCCGCGGCCCGUGGCGCGCGACGGGGAGGUGGUGGUACAUGUGCGCGCGACGGGGAUUUGCGGCUCGGACGUGCAUUUCUGGAAACACGGGCAUAUCGGCCCCACGAUGGUGGUUACGGACGAGUGUGGUGCCGGACACGAGAGCGCCGGCGAGGUGAUCGAGGUUGGGCCGGGAGUGACCGACCUGCGUGUGGGUGACCGCGUCGCGAUCGAGGCGGGCGUGCCCUGUUCUCGGGCCGAUUGCGAUGCCUGUCGUACCGGGCGGUACAAUGCUUGUCCCCGCGUCGUCUUCUUCUCGACCCCGCCUUACCACGGCACAUUGACGCGGUUCCAUGCGCACCCCGCCGCGUGGCUGCACCGUCUCCCCGCCAACAUGUCGUAUGAAGAGGGUGCGCUGUGCGAACCCCUAUCCGUCGCGCUGGCAGGUAUGGAGAGGGCCGGCGUCCGUCUUGGCGAUCCUGUUGUCAUCUGCGGCGCUGGUCCCAUCGGCGCCAUCUCUCUCCUUGCAGCCCAUGCGGCGGGAUGUUACCCCCUCGUCAUCACCGAUCUGUUCUCGUCCCGUCUGGAGUUUGCGCGCUCCCUCGUGCCGACUGUCAAGACGGUCCAAUACCCGUUCGGAUACUGCUCGGCCAACGAGAUCGACCUCCAGUUCCAGUACCGCUAUGCGAACCAGUAUCCCAAGGCUAUUCGCCUCGUGUCGGGCGGGCUUAUCAACCUCAAGCCACUUGUGACGCACCGCUUCCCCCUUGAGAAGGCUGUCGAUGCGUUCCAGGUGGCCGCCGACCCGUCGCAGGGCGCCAUCAAGGUACAGAUCGUGGACUAG